AUGCUACUCCAGAUCCUUGUCGUCUGUGCGCUCCUAAUCAGUCAGACAAGGGGAUAUCGUGGCCCUUCAACAGCACAGGAAUCCCUAAUAGACAUGGAUCUCGGGUUGGAGCACAUGGAAGAGGGCUCUGGUGUGAGGAAAAGGGUUAUGGUGUUACCACUGUCGCCGCAAAGUGCAACCGAGGGUCUGAGACGCCUUAUCUACGAGGUGGUGCAUUGUAUGCGACCCUGUCUUAACAAUGGCAUCAUGAUACUUCCACGAAAUGCCGUUGAUGUCUGCAGAUGCAUCUGUCCGCCUACUCAUUAUGGUAUCGCCUGCGAGUAUGAGGUCAGUGAUGAAAUGAAGCAGAGACGGCAAUUCUUUUAA